AUGGCUGCGUCCGACGCUGGUGCCCAGCUGCCCAACGGCACCCCGACCGACACCAGGUCCGUUGCCGACGAGCCCACGGCGCCUCAAGACAACGAUGUCCUCGCUGUGAAUUCGUCCCAAGUUACCCUCCCGUCGACUGAAGUCCCCGCCUCUCCCAUGGACCCAAAUCAAUCCUUCAAGACCGAAGUCAACGACGACCGAAUGAGCUCCGCCGCCGUCAUCCCGUCUUCUUUGACACCGCCUCCCUCCUCCCAGGUCGUCGCACAUGCCGGCAACGGAGUUCUGCAAGCUACCUACGGCGGUUCCCAGCGCUCUGCCCUCUUCUCCCCGCCUGCUACCGGCUUCAACACGACCGUCCGCCGAGACGGCGGUCUUGGAUCAGAAUAUGUUCCCCCGGCCCCGAAGCAGGUCCUCGAUGCUACCGCCGAUGAACUACGAGCCAUGAUGCAGACCUGCAUCGCCGAACAUGCCAAGUUGAAGAUGGAGGCGGCCCAUCACAAGCUACAAUAUAACCUACUUAGCCUCCAGGCUGACGAAGAUGCGAAGCGGGCUGCCGUCGAGCACGAGAUGACCCGCCGAGAGAUCGAGGCCCUUAGGACGGCCGAGUACUCGCGACAGGCCGUACGCGAGCUCAGCGCUGCUUCGGAGUCGGCACAGAUGAAGUACCUGCAGAUGAAGAUGUGGUACGAGGAGUCCAUCGACGAGAACGAGGCCCUUUCCCGGCGAGUCAAGAUGGCGAAGAAGGUCAUCUCCCAGAAGGAGGAGGAGAUUGUGAGCUUGACGGAGGAGCGAGACAUGAUGCUGAACCGCAUUCGGGAAAACCGGGAGCAUUUUCACAUGCUGUGCAGCCCAGGUGGCAUCUUCCACGGUGCCAUGACGCCCAGACAGCAGCCGCAGCACCAGACGUCCGUCUCAACUCCGCAGCAGGCUCACCGCGCUACCCCCAAGCAGACCCCGCGAUCUGCGCACCGCGAUGCACGGGUCGAUCGGGACCAUGGCCCCGAGCCUAUUGCGGCUCUGCUGCAGGCACUCAGCCAGGACAACAACAGCGCGCCGUCGACACCUACUACAACGGUCAGACCCGCGCCCCGCAUGCCUCCCAAGCACACCCGAAACGCCCAGUCACUAUCAUCUCUACCUACGACGCCGCUUUCCCGCCCUCAGCGGCACGAACAGUCUGGUCUGCUGCCAUCGGUCAACCUCGUGCCCCAGAGCGAGCCCCGGCAUAGCUACAGUAGGGCUCAAAUCAUUCCUGGCACGCCGCCGCCCGCUGUGCGAGAGCCUACCCGCAAGAGCCGCGAGAGCACCAUCUCAGCAGAUGACAACGAGGAGCUCGCUCGCCAGGCGCUAGAGUCAGUCGCAAACUUGUCACAGGCAUCACGAAAUGCGUCACGCAGCUUCCGCAAGCCUCUCCCGACGGGCGAGGACGAUGAGGAUGUCUCAGAGAGCCAAGCUAGCCAAGCCGCCUCUGAGAUGCUCCGUCGCGAUCCUCGGGAGAGCUUCGAGGUGGCGUCUUCAGUAGGCUCGCGCGAUGGCACCCCGGCGCCGGCAGAGAAGAGCGCAAGACUUCAGGCGAAGCUGUUUCCCGGCAUCACCAAGGGUCACACGACAGCAGACAAGCGCAAGUUCAGUGGGGGUGCGCCUAACGCGCAAGAGACGCUGAAGCGGAUGCGCAUGAGCGGCGGCUCUGUGGAGGAUCCCAAGGUCGGACUCGGGAUUCAGUACAGUUACAGCUAA